AUGGCGGAUUACACAACUAUAUUUAGCCCUCAUCAUUUUAAUAGCAUUGCAAGGUUGAUGGUCAAUCCUGCAAAUAUGGAGGUGAAACCGGUGUUGAUACAAGUGGUGAAGAGCAACCUAUUCAAUGGACUGUCUCGUGAAAGUCCAUAUGAGCAUCUGACUACAUUCAGCGAGAUUUGUAAUACUGUGAACAUCAAUAGUGUGCCGGAUGAGGCUAUAAAGCUUACUAGAAGUGGUAAACAAAUGCCUUCAUAUGCAAAGUUUUUGAAGGAGAAUGUCACAAAGAAAAGAAAGUAUAUUGAGAAGGAGACCAUUGAAGUACAAGGAAAUUGCAGUGCAAUCAUACAAAAGAUGUUGCCUCCUAAGCUUCAAGACCCAGGAAGCUUCACCAUUCCAUGUACCAUAGGAGAUUUGGAAGUUGGAAGAGCUUUAAUUGAUUUGGGAGCUAACAUUAAUCUAAUGCAACUUUUUAUGUUCAAAAGGAUUCAAGGCUUGGAACUCAAGCCUACUAGAAUGACACUUCAACUAGCGGACAAGUCUCUUAAAAACCCUUAUGGGGUGGUUGAAGAUGUGAUGGUGAAAGUAGACAAAUUCUUCUUUCCAAUGGAUUUUGUCAUAAUGGAGAUGGAGGAGAACGGAAAUGUGUCUCUCAUUCUAGAGAGACCAUUCAUGAAGACAACUAGAGUCUUAAUUGAUGUGGAGAAUGACAAGCUUAAAGUAAGGGUGCAAGAUGAAGAAGUGAAUUUUGACUUGUUCAAGGCUAUGUCACACCCUAAGGAUGAUAAGGCAUGUUUCCAAGUUGACAUUAUUGAUGAAGUUUGUAUGAUGCAAGGGAAGAAGGUGCGUGAUGCUUCUCCUCUUGAAAGAACUCUCAUUGAUGAAUGUGAAGAUUUGAAUGAGGAGGAGGAGAAGUUAAUUGAUGAGUGCUUGACGGAUUUGGAGGUAUUAAAAGAAAUCCCAAUGGAUGAGGCUAGUUUUGAGAAGUUGAUACCAAGGAGGAAGUCAAAGAAAUGA